AUGGGGAGCGGAGGGUAUCGCCGAUCCAUCUUUCGGGAGGCUCCGGGCUUGCGACGACGAAUAUGGCAGGGAGAACAUUUACCCAGAGUGUGCCAUGCAUGGGCUUUUCUGGGAAUGAGAAGGUGCCAGGAUUUGUUUUUGGUUCACUUGCAGGGGCAGAAACUUGGAACUAGGUUCCAAGAUGGCAGCUACAGCUCCAGGCAAGAAGAAGGGGGAAGACCAAAGGCAAAAGAAGGGCACAUCAGUUGAGUCUGCGUUCUCUUAAAGAACUUUUUCAGCAAUCCAAGAAUUUUCACUGACAUCUCAAUGGUCAGAUUGUCAUUGACUACUGCUAUCUGCAAGGUUGCCUGA